AUGCAUGAUUUCUUCCCGUACGAGGCCGCCCCCCGAAAAGCUCAUCGAAUGCUUCUUUACAGUGGAACGGAGCAGGAAUGGCUAAAUAAGCCAGUGCUAGCGCCUUCUGACUGGACGAAGGUCCUCCUCGACGCACUUUUAGAGUUUGCACGAGAAUGCGAAGUCCCUCAUGACGCACAGAAAGAGAUCUUGGCUCAAUGGUCUACUCGACGCGCAAUUGAGCGCCUCGAACAUGAGGGCAGACUGAACAGUCCCGCGGGUAUCCAACGUAUCCAGACAAGAGAAUUCGCCGUUUCUCCGGAGGAUGUACGAGCGGGAUAUCGUAUUUACGCGAGUAUUGGUCCCAAUGAAGAGCUAGAGGUGCAUAGCGAAGACUCUGAGGAUGAUCCGGAUACGAUUCCGGAGUCGAGUGAUAAUGAGCAGAAAGAGGAGAGCGAUGAGGAGGACCAUACUGAAGCUGAUCAGGGAGGCGUCGAUAGGGGAGACGGAACGAUAGCCAUCCAUGACGGCGAUGAUGACAACGAAGAAAACAAUGACCAAGCCCUGGAAUAUGGGAACACAUCACAGGGAAACAGCCACGCCAAUAUACGUCAAUCCCAGUCCACAACGCUUCCCUUAGGACCAACAUACUGCGCUGGAAAAUAUGGCACACACGAGCGAGAAUUCCCUGGCUUGGACGAAUACAUGGAUGAGGAUGACAUCUUAGACAUGGACAGAAUCCUCAAGUUGGAAGAGGAACAGUUCUCCUGGCAGGCAGAGGCAGACAAGAACCUCGGCCUGUCAGCUGGCCUCAAGGCAGAGACGUUUGCGCCAGGGUCGGUUUCGUUCAAGGCCCACAGGGCCGAAAUGUACAGGAAGCGUGCCGACAUGGCGACAGCCAAGUUGGAGGUUGGGUUGGUGAGGCGGCGGAUGGCCACCUUGGCCAUUCGAAAGAGGAGGAACGAGGAGGCCUUUGGAGGAGAGGAGGAGGAAGAAGGAUCAGAAGGGAGUGGAGUGGCCAGGCGGAGAGGAUGA